CGGGAGUAAAUGCGGCUGGCGGAAGGGGUUAACCGGCAGGCUUUAAUUACAGUUGCGGCCAGAGGUUUUCACCCAAACAAAAAACCACCGCGCGGAAUCGGGCGUGGCUUCCAACCGAGGCUGUCGGGCCGGGGGAUCCUAUAAGAGCGGCGGGUGGACAGCGGUAACCAAACCCCCCUCACCAUCUCCACUCCCCCCAAAAACCUCCCCAAACCCCCAGAAACUCCCAUCCCGUCAAUUGCUCCACUCCUCGGCCUCCACCUCACGUCGCCGCCACCGCCACCGCCGCCGCUUGGCUUCUCAAGGUCUCCGCUUCCUCCUCGUCUUUCCACCACGCCCACGCCGCUACUGCCACCUCCCUUCCUCUCCGACCUUGUUCUUCGCGCUCUAUCUAUUCGUUUCUGCGUAUCCCCAUUCCACCACUCCUCCAGCUUCUUCUGUUCCUUCCAGCUCCAAGUACGAGUAGCACACACCGAGAGGGAGGGGAAGAAGCUCCUCUCCCUGUCCUCUCGUCGAGGAGUCACUAGUCAGCCACCGCUCGUUCUUUUUCACGGAGCUCGAAAACCGUUAGUGGUAGUACCCCGGAGUGGGCCGCGGCUGCUGCGUGCCCCUGCGCCGGUACGAACGCGGCAGGGGAGACGACGGGGCGCGGGUUUACUGCUGCUGCCUCUGCUUUCAGCUACUCAAGCUGCUGCUGCUGCUGCUCCUCCUCCUCCAUUUCCGCUCCUCUUUUUAAAGAGCCCGUCUUUACUGCGGCCACUCCUCCCUCCCUCUUCUCCUUCCAUCCCCACCGCGCCCGCCCGCCUUCCUUCCUGCUCGCCUCCCUUCCGUCCCUUUGCUCUUUAUUCCCCUGCCGAUUCGCGGCGCAGGAGGGAAUCCGCCCGCCCGGCCGCUCCGAUCGCCCUGCGGCUUCCUUUCCUGCUGGGGUCAGGGCUGCAGGGGCUGCGCUCGGUUGGGUUUCUGGUUUCACCCUUGUGCCAUCCAUCUUAAAGCCGCAGGGGUUUAACGCCCGGCCGCGGGGAGAUUUCCGUGCUGCCUGCGUGCCAUGUCGCGGUCGCGCACGGUGCGGAUCUUCUGGGACGACCCCGACCUGACGGACUCCUCCGGCGAGGAGGAAGGGUGCGGCGCCCGGAGGGUCGGCAGGAUGGUCCGGGAGCUGCCGCCCAUGGCGGUGGCCGCGGCACCCGCCGCCCCCACGCCGGAGCAGUGCAGCGCCGGGGACGGCGACCGCGGGAGGAGGCUCGGCGGCGGCGGCGGCGUCCCUGGCGCGUGCAGCGGCGGCGCGCGGCGUCGGCUGGCCAAGGGCGGCCCCGGCGCGACGAGCACCAAGUUCCGCGGCGUGCGGAGGCGGCCGUGGGGCAAGUUCGCUGCGGAGAUCCGCGACCCGUGGCGCGGCGUGCGCGUGUGGCUCGGCACCUUCGACACCGCCGAGGAGGCCGCGCGCGUCUACGACACCGCCGCCAUCCAGCUCCGCGGGCCCAACGCCACCACCAACUUCGCGGCCGCCCAGUCCGGCACCGGGGCCGCCCAGGACGCGGACCCGGACCCGGCGACCCCCGGGUAUGAGUCCGGCGCCGAGUCCUCCCCCGCGGCGUCGUCCCCGACGUCCGUGCUCCGCAAGGUCCCGUCCCUCUCCUCCCUCGCGGAGGACUACUCCAAGGACGACUCCGACGCCGCCCCGUGCGAGCCGGCCGCCGCCGAGCGCUUUAGUCUGGCCGUCCUCGAGGAGGAGGCGCUCGGCGAGUUCGUGCCCUUCGAGGACGCGCCGGUCUACGCCACCAGCGGCUUCUGGGACAUCCGGCCCGACGCGGGGUUCCUCUACGCGGAGCCGUCGUCGCCGGAGGCGUCGUGGAACACCGCCGCCUACCCCGCCUCGUCCGGCGAGGCGCCCAGCUGGGCCGCGUCGUCGCCGGCGACGCAGGAGAACGACUACUUCGAGGACCUGCGCGACCUCUUCCCGCUCCACCCGCUUCCCGCGAUUUUCUGAAACGGACGACGCGGCUUCGCUCGUUCUUCGUCUACCGGGCUGCUUCCUUUUUGGACGUCGAGAGUGUGGUGUGCCGUGCGUGCCUGCUGCCUGCGCGCACCGUGGUGUAGUACUUUGUACUCCUUUUGCCGUGCCGUGUUUUUGUCGUGUCGAUGAGUGAGAAAGCGUAACAUGCCGCCGAUGAGUACGUAGUAGAGUUUUGAGGUGCCGGUACGAGUCCGUCUACUCGCUAGUGUAUGGAGAGAAGUAUCGUAAAGUGUUUUUGCUGUGCCGUCAGAUUUGUAUGCAGCCACUGUACUUG